UGUGGAUCUGUCAAUCCUCCAGUGGAUUCAUGUUUUCCACUGUGGUCUCUCUUGUGUUCUUUUAUGUUCAGGUGUGAUUGAGUCCCUUUUCUCUCAAUCCCCAACGGGGCGCAAAAGCUAUAAAAUGGGUUCACAGGGCAGGCGUACCGCAUUCCGGAUCCUGCAGACGGGUGAGGGCGGCUCGGAUGCGGCAGCGUCGGUACUGAUUGGAUCAUGAGCAUCGAGGCCGUCGAUCUGUGCGUCACCAUCAAAGGGGUUUCCUUCCUGCUGCAGACGGGCCUCGGGAUCAUCGGAAACCUGCUGGUGGUCUUGGCGUACGCCCACAUCGUGUUGGCGGAGCGCCGCCUGCAGCCCGUGGACGCCAUCCUGUGCCACCUGGCCUUCGCCAACCUCCUCCUGCUGCUGACCCGCUGCGUCCCGCAGACCAUGACGGUCUUCGGGCUGCGCGACCUCCUGGACGACCCCGGCUGCAAGGUGGUCAUCUACACCUACCGGAUCGCCCGGGCCCUCUCCGUCUGCAUCACCUGCAUGCUGAGCGUCUUCCAGGCCGUGACCCUGGCCCCCGCCGCCGGGCCGCGCUGGACGGGGCUCAAGGCCCAGCUGCCCAGCCUGGUGCUGCCCAUCUCGGCCGGCCUGUGGCUCCUCAACAUGGCCGUCUGCAUCGCCGCGCCCUUCUUCUCCAAGGCCCCGCGCAACGGCACCGUGCCCGCCUUCACGCUCAACCUGGGCUUCUGCCACGUGGACUUCCGCGACAGCCUCUCCUACGUCGUCAACGGGGCCGCCGUCUCCGUCCGCGACUUCGCCUUCGUGGGGCUGAUGCUGUGGUCCAGCGGCUACAUCCUGCUGGUGCUGCACCGCCACAGCCGCCGCGCCGGACGCAUCCAGAGCUCUGGCCGCCGCUCGGGCGGCGACGCCGUCGAGACGCGGGCCGCCCGGACCGUGGUCACCCUGGUCACCCUCUACGCCGUCUUCUUCGGCAUCGACAACGUGAUCUGGAUCUACAUGCUGACGGUGGCCAAGGUGUCGCCCGUGGUGGCGGACAUGAGGGUGUUCUUCUCCUCCUGCUACGCGUCCCUCAGCCCGUUCCUCGUGCUCACCUCCAACACCAAGAUCAAGGCCCGGAUGUCCUGCGCGGCCUCCGAGAACCAGCCGCCGUCGUCCUCCAACGCGGAGGACUCGACCGACAAGGUCUGA